UAGAGAGUCAAGCAUCAUUGAAACAGGAUAGAAAUGUCAUGCAUUGUUUGUUUUACGUGUUAGGAAGUAAUUGUCGGGUCGUUUCAUUUACUAAACAUCAACGGAGCGUGCGGUUACAAAUUCUAUCCUUUUUCUUUUGCGUUGAAGUGAAAGGAGACGCAGUAAUGUCCGGGGGUUGCAAUUGAUCUAGUUUCGAAUAACAAAGACCGAGAUUGAAACGCCGAAAAUAUACACAUCCUCGGGAUGAAACAUUGGAAUAUACAGGUUCUGCAUUUCAAGAGCACUAACAGUCAUCGUCAGGCGUAAUGUCGUUGUCCUUUCUGUAAGGUGGCAAUGAUGCUGUUUGUUAGAUGUGAGGUGGUGUAAGCGCGGCUCUCAAUAGCGAUGCGGGAAGAUCAUAUAGAGAGAGAGAUAUUAUAUGCGCGUUUGCUUUAAAUAUGUGGAUAUUAUAUGCCACUGAUAACCUGUAAUUGUGCUUUGUCACCGGUUGUCGAAGCGCGUGGAUUCUCGUUUAAAGGGUGCCCGAUUUUACACUUCGAUAAGCUUAAGGACGGCGAUUCCAUACUGGACCCCUCAAAUUUGUUUUAUUGUUGAUGCCCUGGUAAGGAUAUCGUGGUGAAGAUGUGGGUCAACCCCGAAGAGGUGUUGUUGGCCAGCGCUUUAUGGAUGACAGAGAGAGCGAAUCCUUAUUUCAUCCUCCAGAAGAGAAAGGGCCAUGGCGACGGAGGAGGCGGACUCGCGGGUCUGCUGGUUGGAACGCUUGAUGUCGUGUUGGACUCCAGUGCACGUGUGGCUCCAUACAGGAUCCUAUACCAGACCCCCGAUUCCCUGGUUUACUGGACCAUCGCCCACGGGAGCUCUCGUAAGGAGAUCACAGAGAACUGGGAGUGGCUGGAGCAGAACCUCCUGCAGACGCUCUCUAUAUUUGAGAAUGAAAAUGACAUCACCACUUUUGUAAAGGGCAAAAUUCAGGGCAUCAUAGCUGAAUACAACAAAAGUCACGACAUCAAAGAAGAUGAUGACACCGAUAAGUUCAAAGAGGCAACAGCAAAGUUUCGUAAGCUCUUCUGCAUGCCCGAAGAGGAAAAGCUGGUGAACUACUACUCCUGCAGCUACUGGAAGGGAAAAGUGCCCCGUCAGGGAUGGCUGUACCUCAGUAUCAACCACCUCUGCUUCUACUCCUACCUACUGGGAAAAGAGGUUAAGCUGGUGAUCCGCUGGGCUGACAUCACGCAGCUGGAGAAGAAUGCCACCCUUCUGCUGCCUGACAUGGUGCGAGUCAGCACGCGCACUAGCGAGCACGUCUUCUCUAUGUUCCUGAAUAUCAACGAGACCUUCAAACUCAUGGAGCAGCUGGCCAACAUAGCCAUGCGCCAGCUGCUGGAUAACAAGGGCUUCGAGCAGGACCGCUCUCUGCCCAAAUUGAAGAAGAAGUCACCCAAGAAGGUGUCAGCCCUCAAAAGGGAUUUGGACGCCAGGGCUAAAAGCGAACGAUACCGGGCGCUUUUCCGCCUUCCCAAAGAUGAGAAGCUGGACGGUCACACCGAUUGUACCCUGUGGACUCCCUUCAACAAGAUGCACAUCCUCGGACAGAUGUUCGUCUCCACCAAUUAUAUUUGCUUCACUAGUAAAGAGGAAACCGCUUGCAGUCUGAUUAUCCCACUCAGAGAGGUGACCAUCGUUGAGAAAGCUGAUAGCUCCAACGUCCUGCCCAGCCCCUUGUCAAUCAGCACCAAAAACAAGAUGACCUUCCUCUUUGCCAACCUCAAAGAUCGGGACUUCCUGGUGCAGAGGAUCUCUGACUUCCUGCAACAGACCUCUUCCAAAAUCUACUUUGAGAGAGAAAUCACAGGCAGCUUCAGCAGCUCCGACGACGAGUUGUACUCUCAGCAGGGCAGUGUUCUGUCCUGUAGUCCUCAGCGCGGUGCUCUCAGCUCUGAGGGAGAAAGCGAGAGGUUUAAUCUCAACGACAACACCGUUCCCACAGCUACACAGGCACUGAUGACCAUGUACCGCCGGCGAUCACCAGAGGAGUUCAAUCCCAAACUAGCUAAAGAGUUUCUGAAAGAGCAGGCUUGGAAAAAUCACUUUGCCGAGUACGGUCAGGGAUUGUGUAUGUACCGAACGGAGAAGACCAAAGAGCUGGUGCUGCAGGGCAUCCCGGAGAACAUGAGAGGAGACCUCUGGCUCCUGUUUUCUGGAGCGAUUAAUGAGAUGGCUACUCAUCCUGGUUAUUACGAGGAUCUGGUGGAAAAGUCGAUGGGGAAAUAUAAUCUGGCCACGGAGGAGAUCGAGAGAGAUUUGCAUCGGUCUCUUCCCGAGCAUCCGGCCUUUCAGAAUGAGAUGGGCAUCGCCGCCUUGCGUCGAGUCCUCACGGCAUACGCUUUUCGCAACCCCAAAAUUGGUUACUGUCAGGCUAUGAACAUUGUGACCUCUGUACUCCUGCUGUACGCUAAAGAGGAAGAGGCCUUCUGGCUCCUGGUUGCCCUAUGUGAAAGAAUGCUACCAGAUUACUACAACACCAGAGUUGUAGGUGCUCUGGUGGAUCAGGGUGUAUUCGAGGAGCUGGCUCACGUGUACGUCCCUCAGCUGUACGACUGCAUGCAGGCGCUGGCCGUCAUCUCCACCAUCUCACUGUCGUGGUUCCUCACGCUCUUCCUGUCCGUCAUGCCGUUCGAAAGUGCCGUGGUGGUGGUGGACUGCUUCUUCUACGAGGGCAUCAAGGUCAUCUUCCAGCUUGCGCUCUCGGUGCUGGAUGCUAACAUCCAUCAGCUGCUGGCCUGCAAAGAUGAUGGAGAAGCCAUGACCAUUCUCGGGAGAUAUCUAGACAGCGUGUCCAAUAAAGACAGCACGCUUCCUCCAAUUCCCCACCUGCACUCUCUCCUGACCGAUAACGGUGAGCCGCAUCCAGAGGUGGACAUCUUCAAACUCGUCCGCAGUUCUUAUGAGAAGUUUGGCUCCAUAAGAGCUGACGUCAUCGAGCAGAUGCGUUUCAAACAAAGGCUCAGAGUCAUCCAGGCUAUUGAAGAUAACACCAAACGCAAUGUGGUGAGGACCAUAGUGACAGAGACGGCUUUCAGCAUUGAUGAGCUGGAGGAGCUCUACACACUGUUUAAAACUGAGCAUCUGACCAGCUGUUACUGGGGCAGCACCAGUAACCCCAUGAGCCAUCACGACCCGAGCCUGCCCUACCUGGAGCAGUACCGUAUUGACUUCGAUCAGUUCAAGGGCCUCUUCGUGCUGCUCUUCCCCUGGGCCUGCGGCACACACGCGGAUGAUCUGGCCCUGCGCUUCUUCCGUCUGCAGGAUAAUAACGCAGACGGGCUCAUAAACUUCCGCGAGUUCAUCAGCGGCUUGAGUAUACUGUGUCAUUGUGACCUGACAGAGAAACUCAAAUUUCUGUACAAGAUGCAUGUGUUUCCAGAGCUGAAUCAUGAACAGGAGGAGCCUGACUCGGCCUGUGAAGCAAUGCAGUAUUUCUUUGAAGACAUAACUCCAGAGACAUCUAGCGGCGUUGAUCCCAAGAACAGAACUGAGAAGGAUGAUGGUUUUGUCAGGGUCACCUUUAAAACUGAAAAAGUUAAGAAACACACUCCAGAUUACCGUACCUACCUGCGCUUGUGGAACCAGGAGACCAAAUCUAAAUUAGAGAACAUGAAGGAUCUACCCAAACUCAACCAGAGUCAGUUCAUCGAGUUGUGCAAGACUCUAUAUAACAUGUUCAGCGAAGACCCCAAUGAGCAGGAGCUGUACCACGCCACCGCCACGGUGACCAGCCUGCUGCUGGAGAUGGGUGAGGUGGGCAAACUCUUCUGCUCUCCGGCUAGCAAAGACGGUGAGGAAGCCGACGACGAAGAUGACGAUCAGGUUUCAGUUAGCGGAAGCAAGCAACAGAGAGACCGGCGCCAGCAAAGCGUCCCGCCAAGCGGCACGAGCGACGCCGAGAUCAACUCCUGCGUCACGGGUUCCCUCUUGAUGGAGGACAUCAAGCUGGAAGAUUCCUCCCCCAAAGACACUGCAACAUCCUCCGCCAUGCUCAUCUCUGACGAUGAGACCAAAGAUGACACGUCCGUUUCCUCAUACUCCGUUCUGAGCGCAGGGUCCCAUGAGCUGGAUGACAAGCUUCAGUGCGAGGACAUCGCCGAGGACACAGUGCUUAUACGGAACGGUGGGCCCAAGGGAAGAGCAGGCCAUCAUGGGAAAGGUGGUCUGCCUCACAGCACCAGUAUCGAUAAUGACUGGACCAUUACGUUCGAGCAGUUCCUGGCUUCUGUUUUGACCGAACAUGCCCUGGUCCAGUACUUUGAGAAACCGGUGGACAUCACUGCACGAAUAACUAACGCUAAGAACGUACGGAAGGUUGGAGAACCUCACACGUCCGUCAUUGACUAUGAGAUCUCGCUAUCUGGCUGAUUUAACCUAACCUUCUCCACUCCAAACUGUAUCUUGACUCAUCAGCCAUACGUUCAGAUUUGAAGGAAUAGUUUAGUAAAAAUUCUGUCUACAUUUGUUCACAUUCAUACCAUUCCAAACCUCUGUAUAUGUUUCCAUACAAUGAAAGUGGAUGGGGACUACAACACUACAGUGGAAUGGAAGAUUUUUAUAAAAUAACAGGCUUUACUCGCACAAAACAAUUGUGUCUAGGUACGACUGGGAAUGUAUCACAAACGUCAUAUGGGUUGCUUUUAUGGUGCUCUUUUGUUAUUUUGGGGGCUCCCCAUCUCUAUUCCCUAUCCACUUCCCUUAUCUAGAAAGAACUGCCAGGAAUCUGAGAACAGUCAGUAUUUUGUUAAAGUCAUCUUUAAUGUUUCACAGAGAAAAUCAUAAAGGUUGGAAUGACAUGAAGAUAUGCAAAUGAUGACAGAAUUUUUAUUUUUUGGGUGAACUGAUCCUUUAAAUAAAGCUGAGUCGAAUUUAUAACAUCUGUUUUCUCCAACGGAUUUCCACAUUAAUCAGUGUGAAACAUCAAAGUCGUGUUUAUAUAAGCUUGUAAUGAAACGGACUGUUCUGACUUUUUUUCUGAAGAGAUGACAAACAGAACUUUAUGCCUUUUCACCCGUACAAAGAUCCGUUUGACCUAUUGUAUACUACAACGCACUUGGUGUACUUUAUAUACAGAAAUGCUAACUAAAGUAUCUUAUAAAGUUAGGCUGUCUAUCAUAGUAAUCGUGUCUAGAGUAGUCCUACAAGAAUCUAUUAAGUAGUCUUUGAGUAACGUUAGCUUCACAGGGAGAGUCAAGGGUCUUUCAAUCUACAGGAAAUAUGUGAAAGUAAUCUUAAUGGGCAUCAAAGUGUACAAUGACCAUCACCUUGUGUAAAAAGAGAAGGCAUCCUGAUGCUAAAAAAGGAUAUUUGCUGCUUGGAACAACAUCACCUAGCAUCCUAAAUCAACACAACAAAUUUCCUCUUACGGUUUUCGGCACCUGCACUUUGGAUUUUAUUUGACAUAAACGGUGAAGAUGUGUGUAUAUUAAUAACACUUAAAUACUUGGUAUUAAUCAGCUGAGAGACAAUGUGGUCCAGGUGUGAAAUAUCAGACUUUUAGGCAUUCACUAUUUAGAGUAUAUACUCCAUACAGCGACUGUGUACAGUUUUUAAUUUAGUGUGCGCAUUCACCGUCAGAGGCAUGUGGCAUGUGAGUUCACCUUGUUGUAAACUUUCUGUUUAUAUAAACCGUUUUUUUACUUUAUGCCUCUUUUUAAGUUAAUGUUUUAAUGUGGAUGCUUAAAACAAAGCUGUAAAUGAUUUGAAUCCCCUCCGGAAAUUAAAAGUAUAAAGGAA